AUGGAAGAAGAAAAAGAGAGUACUGUUGGGGAGACAGUUACGGAGAUGGCCGUUCAACCAACCGGAGAAAGUAUACCUCCAGAAUUGACAAAGGCAGACAUCGAAUUGGAGACGAAAUUAUCCCAGCUGAAAUUGAAUUGGUUACGAGAAGGUCAGAUAAAAUCCUGGCAACAGAACCACCUGUGGGAUAUUUUAGUUCGUCUACGUUUCCUCCCCAUCGUGCUGACCGCUGAUCGAGAAAGCCUUCCUGCAAGUCCGGAUACGCGAAAACCAACGAAUUCCCUACGCUUCCAUUGGAAGGCACCAGAUAGUGACGACCUCACAGUCUAUCGGUUUACUAGGGCGCUGUUUGGGCUGACCUGUUCUCCCUUCCUUCUUGGAGGUGUCCUGAACGAACACCUAAAGAGUUGGGAGAAAAGAUAUCCGGCUCUGGUGGAAGAGAUAAAAGGCGGCCUGUAUGUCGAUGAUGUGAUGGAGGGAGGUGAUAAUGUUGAAGAGGUCAAAGAGAAGAAAGCGAAGACGGUUAGUAUUUUUGAGGAUGCCACUUUCCACCUGCAUAAAUGGCACUCAAACGCCUCUGAACUCGAGGAUACCGACCAGAGCGCCAAUGAAGGCAACGUGGGCAACCCGGAAACUACCUUCGCGAAACAGCAGCUGGGCACAAAGGGGACUGAGACAAAGAUCCUCGGUAUGGGUUGGAACAAAGCUCAAGACCGUUUAAGUGUUGUAGUAAACAAAGAACGAGACGCAGCAUCUACGAAAAGGGAGGCCCUGUCGCAGGUCGCAAGUGUGUACGACCCACUCGGCCUGGUUUCCCCAACUACCCUAGUAGCAAAACUACUGUACCGUGAAAUGUGUGAAGAGCAACUUGCCUGGGAUGAAGAACUUAACGGUUCUUUGAAGAGACGGUGGAAAGAGUGGUACGAAAACCUGCCAGGCCAGUACACGGUCCCUCGAACUUUAGCCCCUCACAGAGAGCCAACAGUCAAUCACCCUUCACGGAUUCGGGGAUGCCAGUAA